UGCCCAACAGAUCUCGCAUUCACUUUUGCUUGUAUGUACUGUAGUACCGUGCAAGUUAUCAAAAUGCAAACGGGCAGGAUAAUUCAGUCACUGCACUCGUUUGUCACCGACUGGUAUCCAAAGGAGGCUCGACUUGCCCCCAGAGCGGGCUAGCGGGAUGGCGGGAAGCGCCACGACCGGAUGUUGAUGGCUUUGCCACUGAGCCGCUACUUGAUAAACCUGCCAAGCAGCUCGAGCGACUGGAACCUAAUGGAGCAGGCUGCACCUAUAACCAGCCUGCCUGCCAAUGUAUCCAUAUAUCUCUGUGUCAGACAGGUCAGGCGCGAGCUGAAGGAUGGGCGGAGGUGGGACCUUCUCAGACCUGGAAACCUGUAUUUGGAUUGGAAGUCAAGUACGGAUGGCAGAGAGCGGAGAGAGCGUGAGUCAGUCUGGUUUGCCGGGGUGGCAAUGAUUUUGUUAUCAUGCUGUUCAAGAGGCCGGGAGGAUGAGAAUGAUGAGUAAUGAUUAGAGCGCAAUGCUUAGC